CAGUUAGUGCCCAUCCGUACUUCCCUUCCUCUGUGGGAACGAUCUGGGGGGAUUAGAUCCUGCACACAAACAAAGACCCUGCACACAGCCAAGGGCAAAAACUCGUCGAAUUGCCACUCGCUACAAGCCAUACUGUAUCUGCCAUCUAUCAACUAGAACCCAGUUCAGCUUCAAAUUCACCCAUCCUACACGUGUCAUAAGGAUAGGAAUCAAUUUACGCGAUUACGAGCCUAAUUGAAACAGAUUGAUACUUGAAACCGAUUCAAUCGACAAAUUUACACCCCUUCUUCAUUUAGCCACUACAUCAAACUAUCAUGAAUCACGAUCCAUUUUUGUGGGGACGUCCAAGCAAUGACACAUACGGAGCAUACAACCACGCCAUAGCACAAGCCAGCGUUCAGGAAGCCACCCAUGACCAGCUCGACCAGUUUCCUAAGAAGCACACCCAACAACCAAUCAUCACAGGUACCUCGGUUAUCGCCUUGAAGUACAAGGACGGAAUCAUAAUGGCUGCCGAUACCAUGGGAUCGUACGGUUCUUUGAUGAGAUUCAACAACAUCGAAAGAUUGUUCAGGGUUGGCAAAGAGACCGUGGUGGGUAUUUCUGGGGACAUCUCGGACAUGCAGCAGUUACACAGAAUUCUCAACGAGUUGGAAACAGACGAAGAAGUCUAUGACAACGACGGGGGACACAACUUGAGAGCCCCUCACGUCCACGAGUACUUGACCCGUAUUUUAUACAAUAGAAGAUCCAAGAUGGACCCAUUGUGGAAUGCUGUGUUGGUUGGUGGAUUCAACGACGAUGGCUCGCCUUUCUUGAAGUAUGUUGAUUUAUUGGGUGUUGCGUACGGGUCGUCAACCUUGGCCACCGGGUUUGGUAAUCACUUGGCCAUCCCAUUGUUGAGACAGUUGAUCCCAAACGACACCGACUAUGUCAAUGUCACUGAGGAACAAGCCAAGAAGGUGGUCAUGGACUGUAUGAGGGUUUUGUUCUAUAGAGAUGCUAGAUCUUUCGACAAGUUCUCCAUGGUCACCAUCAAGGACGGAGGUAAAGGGUUUGACUUCGAGAAGAACAUCAAGAUUGAUAACCAAAGCUGGAGAUUUGCCAGAGACAUCAAGGGUUACGGCAGCAAGCAGGAGUAAACACUGGAACGGCGGUUAUGUCUUCGCCCAAACUGAAAUGUGGAACGAACCGCAGUAGUUGUCAGCAGAAGCGUGGAAGCACUGGCUAUUGUUCUAUGCUGUAGGAGUUCUGACGGAGGCUUCACAAAACGCAUGUACCACGAAUAUAAAAGUAAUGAAAACAAUGUAAGACUUUGUGUUAGGAGACAUUUU